AUGGCUUCCGGCAUACCUCUUAGCAAACCAUGGAUGCACAGCAACUCGUCGAAUACAUCUUUAAAGGGCAUGGAGAUCGCCAUUCCACCCGGUCAGGAACGACCACUCCGACCUCAUCCACCACCUUCAACCAGGACACAGGUUGCCUCUAAGCCUUUGCCCCCUAUCCCUCUGCGGCGCUCGAUUUCUUCCUCCUUUAGCCACGAGAUGCACGAGACAUCCCAGGGCAGAACGGGCGAUGUGGUAGAUCGAAGGCCGAGCGCCACCCCAAAUUGGUACAGGCAAGAAGCCGACAUAUCCGUCAUGCUCGAAGGCCGAAUCUCGCAGCACCAAAAGCAAGCAUCGAGACGCGGAGUGGAUAGCGCAUUCUGCCCCAUGCCUGGAGAAAUCAUCUCUCCGCAGCCUGUGCAACCUAUUCGCAAAGUCUGGCAUGGUAGAGGCGUGGCCGCUACUGCGACAAGCUCAGUCUCAAGCUCCAUACAAUCAUCGUCUCCAAGUGGUCACAACCCAUCUCAGAAAAUGCGCCAGUUGACUGGGUUGGAGAUGCACUCGCCACAGACGCUACCGGCAGAACAACCAGACUCUCCUGUCGUUGGUACCAGCUCGAGCAGCAGUGUUUAUAGCCUCGAGAUGCCGCCACCCAUGGCUCAAGGUUCAAAUGUGGCAACCAAACCGGCCAUACAUGUGGCGCAGUGUCUAGCUUCAGAGUCACCGAUCAUUAGGUCUUUUACUCCUAAUAAGCCGAACCCUGGAGUGGUGCCAUUAAACCUCGACGGCAAAGUGCCCAGCGGGGGCUCUGUAUUGCCCUCGUUCUGCCGGCAUGAUUGCGUCUACUGUCAACACUCACCGGUGCAAGCAGACAGACAAGCUGUGUCCGGCCUAAAUCUCUACGGGACAGCUACGACUCCCAAUGCACAGAACCGUCUGGUGCCAGAGUAUGAAGCUCCAGGGCUUUUUACUGAGCCGAGGAAGCCACCGAUCAUUGUGAGGACAGACAGGAGCCCGAAGAGUCCAGGCUCGCCUGGCUUGUCAGUAUUUUCCAGUCUUAGGAACGGCUUUGCGGAUCGCGUCAAUAGAUCAAAAGUCCGCAUGGCUCCCCCGGCGAACCUCCCGGCACAUCGGACUGGUGGGAGAUUUGGGGCAGUUGGCCACCCACUCAGAACGCCAUACCCCCCUCGAAGCGUCUUUGAGGAUGAUGAUAGCGACGGCGAGGAUGACGCAGCCCUGAUAGCAGAGGACUCGCCAAAGCGGAAGUCUUCUUCGUCUUCGGCGCUUGUUGGUCGAUUGCUUCGGCAUGGCUCUGGCCUGGCUGGACCGACGCUCCAUCCCUCCGCUGCACAGCGUGACUACGUCCUUAGCGAUCAACCCUGGAGGGUGAGCGAACGGGUAACCACAGUCCCCAAGCCGACGAGUCCGUCUACCCCAAAGGCAGCUGUAGAUCUGCUACAGAGAACAGGGGAGCAGGCCAAGGGACUGAUGAGCCAGGCGAUGAAGAAGGUGCAGGUCAAGAGCAAGGCGGAACGGCGGCGGGAUGAACUGAGAAGCAAGAUUCGUGUGAUAUCGGAGGCAGAUGCAUCGUUGCCAGGGGCAUUCGCGGCAGAUGGCACACAUGGCAUGGAGACUAGACACUGGCUCUGA